UGGGAAGUCGCAAGAUCAGGGAAGAGCGGGGCAGAGGGAAUGGAAGGAGCGAAGAAAACAAAGAGGAACAGGGUGAAAGGAAGCGAGAACGACAGUCGGGUGGCAACGGUUUCGAAUUUCGCGCUCGCUGAUUUAGGCGGCACAGGGCCACCGUACAGCGGUGAAGGGACAGUUGGAAGCUGCGGCGCGUGUUUCCGGACAACGAUGAGCAGCGCGAGGCAGGCGGAGCGAGGAGACGGAGAUGGUGGCGGUGACUCGGGUAGAACACUAAUAGCAGUUGGACUUGGUAUUGCUGCAGCAGCAUUUGCAGGUCGCCAUGCAUUUCGGUUCUGGAAACCUGUUCAACAAAUAAUUGUAGAAAUGGCAAGAACAAUCCCUAGUCCUGGCUUUCCAACAUAUUACAAAGGAGGAUUUGAAGCAAAAAUGAAUAAGCGUGAGGCUAACCUCAUAUUAGGUAUUAGUUCAUCAGCUAAUCGAACAAAAAUUGGAGAAGCCCACAAAAGAAUUAUGCUCUUGAAUCAUCCUGACAGAGGUAAAUGGAACUUGUACACAGAUCGUCUGGUCCAAGGAGGAUCACCAUACCUGGCUGCAAAGAUCAAUGAAGCAAAAGAUCUACUGGAUUCUUCCAUCAAGAAAUGAUUCCUCAUGAUUGUUACUUGUUAUUUAUUAUAUACAAUUUAGCAGUAAAGUAUUACAGUUGUUGAAUAAGAAUGUUAUCACUAAGAGUGGUUGCUGUAAUAUAAUUUUGAAUGGUAUAGAUAAAAUGUGUUGAUAAAAGUUGGAUUUGGAAUGAAAAAGCCAGCUCUGCUUUAACACAAGACAUAAGAACUUGGCAGAAUUUUGUUUGUAAGAAUGAAAGUUAAUUUAAACAUAUUAUCAAGUGAGUGCGAGGCUUGUACACCAAUGCUAUUUACAUGAUAAAUAGAUUUAAUCGUUUGAAAACAAAA